UUUGGUGCUGCGGGAUGCGAUUGACAAGACGUUGAUUGUCUCGUUUGUUGUGAUUACAUUUGGGAGCUUUGACGAUAACGGUCUUCCGGACGAUCCCAUUAACAAAGUCACAUUUUACAAUCCAAAGAACAUUGAGAUUGGUGCUUUCAAGCUUCCAAGAACACGUGUGAGUCCCCUGUUUUUGCCGAGUGAGUAUGGCGAGCGGAUGUUGUUUGUUAUGGUGCGCGAGGAGGCGCUUGCCGAUGUUGUCACGGCUGCAUUUGAAGCAUGGCGGGAGCGUUACGAGCGGCAUUUGGGGGUGGCCGUGCCGACAAGCAACAGGAGGAAAGACGAGAGCCCUGGGAAGGGAUCCGCGAGGCCGAGGCGCUUUAGCGAGAAUCGUGACGUCUUAAGUGGUAACGACUUUGUUUCCUUUGAGGAAAUGCAGCGGCAGGUACAAACAGCCGCUUGUGAGCAGGAGGCACACCAGCCGCAGCCGCAGUCGCAGCAACAACAACAGCAACACCUCCAGCGUGGUGUGAAGAGUGCUCGAUCCCCCAGUUGUAAACUUGGGAACUCGCAAGGCGAACACACGGAUGGGAACGACGAGAAUAAUGAAAGGGUAAAACGGAUUUGUACAUCAGUCGGGAGGGGAAAUGUGGAGGAGAAACACACGGACACAUGCACACACGAGGGAGGGGCGGUAGAAUGA